GAUGUUGGUUGGCUGGCUCAAGUUAGAUUUGGGGGAAUUAUUUAUGAAAGCAGUAAGAAAUGCACAUUUUUAAAGCACAUUCCUUUAGAGGUGUAUAAUGUAAUGGCAUGUUGGUGUACUUGACACUGAAGGUUCCCUUUAAAACCAAUAGUUUGCACUCAGCUACAUGGCAAAUACAUUCAUAAUGAGAGCUAUCAUGUCAAGUUAAGGGAACUUUAGGCAGUUAGUUAGUCGUACCAUUUUCUGUAUCUCACAAAACACUUUAAUAAAAGAAAUAGUGAAUAAUGACAAACACAAGCUAUGGGUUUGCACUGGACAUAGGCACCUAACGGUUUUCGCCGGCCCAACCAAUCAGAGUGCGUGCUGGCCCAGCCAAUCAGAGCGCAGCAGAGGUGACUUAGGAGUAACAGACGCUUAGUACCAACAGUCUUAUGAGACAGUUGGAGAGGAGAGAGAGAGAGAGAGAGAGAUAGCAAAAAAGAGAGAGAUUGUGAGCAUGGAGAUUUCAAAAGCGAGGAAGCGAAGACGACAGAUCGACGAAAAAGAACAACUUGUUUCCCCUGGGUGCUGCCAUGAUCCCAAAAGGGUGAGGUACCAGGGUGAUCAAGUGGGACAUGCCGCCCUUCAAAAUGAGCCUUGGAACACCUUAGCUCACAUAGGCAUUGGCCUAGAGACCUUCAAGGAGUAUGGGGAAGACGCCUACAUGUACAACAAGAGCCUUGAAGAGAGAUUUAUGGCUUUGAACUUUCUACAAAGUCAGCCAGAAAUCACCUUGGCGUCAUGGUAUGAGUUUACCAGCCUGCUUGUCUUCAUGCACAGACGCCUGAAGUUGGACUUUAGGUCUCUGUGCUUGACUGUCAACCUUCUGGAGCGGUUUCUUGCCUGCACUGCUCCCAUCAAGACCACCGACCUGAACAGAGUAGGAGCCACUUGCUUCAAUAUCGCCUACAAGUUAGUGGAGAAAAAGCAAUUCAGCAUAUGGAAUUGCCUAAAACUCUUUGAUGACACCUUUACAAAGAAGGAAAUGAACCAACUGGAGCGAGUCAUCAUUUGCAGAUUGUUUUUUGAACUGUCGGCACCGACCAUCGAUGACUUCUUGGAGCAUUUCACCCUCCAGAGAGUAGCCAGCCAAAAGAAGCCUGUAGCUGUCCAGCAGACAAAAGAAGCCAUUGCCCUGACGGCUGCUAGAGGCAUCGCAGCACUGAGCCUGACCCACCAUCAUGAGUUUUAUACUUAUGCACCCUCCAUGAUGGCUCUGUGCUGCCUGAAAGUAGCCACAAAUUUCUACCCUUCGGGCAAACCCAUCAACGUGGAUCCCGCUGAAUACCCAGACCACGUAAUGGAAGAAUGUGUUGGAAAGAUCAUCGCUCUGAUAUCAUCCAGGCAGAGCUUUUUACACAUGCUGCUUCCAGCAGUGUUUUCAAGAAGAACAGCAGAGGAGAGAGAGACAAGCGCCUCCCAGAAAGAACCCGAAGGUGGUGAGGCAGAAACAUCCAGGCAGGAACAGGGUUCUGACCCCUUGGAAAUGGCCCAGGGAUCUGGCCUUUCCAUCUAUCAUCAAGGGAGGCACCGACAGUAUAAAGACAAGCAGGAUUAUGCAGUAAGUGUUGCUAAAGAAAAGUAG